CGGAUUUGCAAAUAUCUUUUCCUCUCGUUUCGCAGUCGUAAACCAGCUCCUCUUCACGGGUAGAUGGCAAUCGGUAGAUGUAGUUGGCACACCGAUCGAAUCCACUCGAGGCAUCGCGUUGUUGUCAGAAGAAUAUGGAAUCAGAAGACAGAGAGAAUCGUGGAAUCAUGUUUCGAAAACUGCUGUGCUAGAAAUUCCAACACGAUCGUUUCUUUGUUUGUUCAUGGAGUUGUUGAAUAUUCCUGUUUCAGUUGGAGCUUCUGGAGCUUGGUGGAUGAUAUUGUGAGAGAUACUUAAUGAGAGAAUCGUUCUGUGAGGUUAAAACAAUCGCUCCUCCCCACCAUCGACUCAAGUCACGGAUACCUUCACCAUGACUUCCUCACCCCUCAAAGUCGGAUUGAAAACCGCUGUUGAUGUUUUUCCAGGAGCUUUCCAAAAGAUUGCCAUAAAUAAUAACAGUGGUGGCAAAAUGGAGAUUUCUUUUCAUCGAACGGUUCGGGUCCCGGAUGACGGCAAGAACUACCAGCUUCCCCCUGACCUUGGAAAAUUCCCUACUUAUUCAAUAGAUGAUUAUGCAGAGAAGCUACCUCUCGACAUCGUUAGGGAGGGAGGUGUGUUUGUUCCUAUUUGGCAGCGCGAGGCUUUGUGGAUUAAAUUUCAUGCGUACGAGACUUCGCGACUUGCGGUUAAAGUCUUUGUUGGCGGAAUUAAUGCUAUGUCAGAAGAGAGCAGACAUUUCAUACAACUUGUCGCAGUGCCUACUGGCUCAGGAUACUCGGUUGAAGCACAGAUCAAGGGUUUCGACAAAAUCGCUGGCCUUCGGUUCGAAAUAAUUCCGUUCCGCGUAUUGUUUCAUUUUGAUGGCAAAAUAAUCAUUAAAACUCUGACGAGCAAGAGUUUCCCUGUGCAUGUGAGCUCCGACAUGACUGUUGCAACGCUCAAGGAUCGUAUACAGGGCAAAGAAAGCAUACCGAUAGAUCAGCAGCGUCUUAUAUUUAUGGGAAAGAUACUUGAAGAACACCAUACCUUAGGAGAUAUUAGUGUAGAAGAGGGAAUGACUGUGUAUUUACUUCUCAGAGUGUGUGGAGGUUUCGGUUUUUCAAAUUUGUCCUCUUGGGAGAAAGAGCAGAUGCAAAAUAAAAUGAUGAGAGAAUUCGAACCGAUGAAAAAAGAGUUUUACGACAGACAUCAUGAACUGACAUUGACACCCGGUGGUUCUAUUCAUCAAGCGAUUCGAAAAGACUGUUUUCAUAGAGACAGAUAUGACGAAAGGAAUGCAGUUAUGUUCAACAUGCAAUUACUUUCCCCCAAAACAUUCCAUUUAGUUACAGGCACACCACCUCCUCAGACUCCGAUUUCCGCGGGAACCUACGCUAGACACGGAUAUCCAUUCUUCGAGAUUUACAACGAGCGAAGAGCUUUCACGGGUACUUUCGAAGGGAUUCCGAAACCCGUAGGAGAUAUCGAUAAGGAAAAGAACGUGAAUUUGGAAGUCCACCAACAAGAGAACGGUUUGCAUUUCAGGAGUGUGAAGUUGAAUACGGUGGAUGAGAUGAGCCAAUUCUACACUGAAAUGGCUCUUCCAAAUAAGAACGGGCAGAAUUAAUAUCGAUAUGGUAGUUAGAACAUUUGGAAGGAAGGCAAUAUGUGAUAGCUCAGACAAAUUGGCU